AUGGAAACUGUCGAUACGUCGCAGCGCCUGGCCCGUUUGAGGGAGUUGAUGAAAGAGAGGAAUGUCGACGUCUACCUUGUGCCCUCUGAGGAUAGCCACCAGUCAGAAUACAUCGCCCCUUGCGAUGGCCGUCGCGAAUUCAUUUCCGGGUUCUCUGGUUCUGCUGGAUGCGCCAUUGUGUCGAUGACCAAAGCUGCUCUGUCCACGGACGGACGAUAUUUCAAUCAGGCAUCAAAACAGCUGGAUAACAACUGGUUGCUCUUGAAGAGAGGUAUUGAGAGCAUGCCUACCUGGCAAGAAUGGACCGCGGAACAAUUAGAGGGCGGUAAAGUUGUUGGGGUCGACCCAUCACUCAUCACAGCCUCCGACGCACGAAGCCUUUCCGAAACAAUUAAAAGGAGCGGUGGCUCCUUGUUAGGCGUCCAGGAGAACCUUGUCGACCUUGUUUGGGGAAAAGACCGCCCCUGCCGCCCAAGCGAAAAAGUGACCGUCCAUCCUGUCGAAUUUGCAGGGAAGUCAUUCGAAGAGAAAAUUACCGACUUACGGAAGGAACUCGAGAAGAAGAAAAGCGCAGGAUUUGUUGUCUCGAUGCUUGACGAAGUCGCAUGGCUAUUUAACCUUCGAGGAAAUGAUAUCCCAUACAAUCCAGUGUUCUUCUCAUACGCCAUCAUCACACCAUCAACUGCUGACCUGUACAUCGACGAGGAGAAGCUAUCUGCCGAUGUGAAGAAACACCUAGGUGAUAAAGUAUCGCUGAAGCCAUACACCUCCAUUUUCGAAGACGCAAAGGCUUUAGGUCAAUCUGCUCAAGCGGAAGUUAAUGGUGGUGCAUCAGACCCACCAAGGAAAUUCUUCAUUUCAACAAAAGCAUCGUGGUCCCUUAGCCUUGCUCUAGGCGGUGCAAAUAAGGUUGAGGAGGUUCGAAGUCCCAUCUCCGAUGCCAAGGCCAUAAAAAAUGAUACUGAGCUUGAAGGCAUGAGAGCUUGCCAUAUACGCGACGGGGCUGCGCUUACCAAAUACUUCGCCUGGCUUGAAAAUGAAUUGGUUAACAAGAAGACGGUUCUUAACGAGGUAGAAGCCUCCGACAAGCUCGAGGAAAUUCGAUCAAAACAAAAGAAUUUUGUCGGACUUUCGUUUGAUACCAUAUCAUCUAGUGGCCCAAAUGCUGCGGUGGUUCAUUACAAAGCAGAAAGAAACAACUGCUCUAUUAUUGACCCCGAGGCUGUAUAUCUAUGUGACUCAGGUGCACAGUAUCUGGAUGGCACCACCGACACAACGCGUACGCUGCACUUUGGCGAGCCAACGGAGAAGGAAAGGAAAGCGUAUACGCUUGUUCUCAAGGGCAUGAUUGCCAUAGACACUGCCAUAUUCCCCAAGGGAACAACUGGGUUCUCUUUGGAUACUCUUGCGAGGCAAUUUCUCUGGAAAGAAGGCCUGGACUAUCUCCAUGGUACUGGACAUGGCGUAGGGUCGUAUUUGAAUGUCCACGAGGGUCCAAUUGGAAUAGGAACGCGAGUUCAGUAUUCCGAAACCCCUCUUUCUGUAGGCAACGUGAUAUCAGAUGAACCUGGCUACUACGAGGAUGGAAAAUUUGGUAUCCGCAUCGAAAACAUUAUAAUGGCCCGAGAAGUGAAAACAACGUUCAGCUUCGGAGAGAGGCCCUGGUUAGGCUUUGAGCAUGUUACUAUGACACCACUAUGCCGGAAACUUACCGAUCCAAGCCUUCUAAACGAUGCGGAGAAAAAAUGGAUUAACGAAUACCACAGUGAAGUUUGGGAGAAAACUAGCGGCUACUUUGCGGAGGACGAGCUGACAAGAAACUGGUUGAAGAGGGAAACUCAACCUAUCUGA